CAAACUCCAGGCCACGUUCAAUCCAUUUAAACAAACAAAAAAAAUACCAACAACAAUUUCUUUUUCCCCCCUUCUCUGAUGAGAAUUUCAAUAAAUUCUCUGUACCCAUAAAGUUCUGGCAACAUAAGAUUAGAAAAAUUCAUGGGUUCGUCUGGGCAAGUCAAAAAACCUGAAGAAGAAUGGAGGGCUGUCCUCUCCCCUGAGCAAUUCAGGAUCCUCAGAGAGAAAGGAACUGAGCCCCGAGGCACCGGUGAGUAUGACAAAUUCUACAAGGAUGGAACGUACGCUUGUGCUGGUUGUGGGACUCCCCUUUACAAAUCUACCACCAAGUUCAACUCUGGAUGUGGUUGGCCUGCUUUCUUUGAGGGUUUUCCCGGAGCCAUAAAUCGAUCACCGGAUCCUGAUGGAAGGAGAACAGAGAUAACUUGUGCGGCUUGCGAUGGGCACCUUGGCCAUGUGUUCAGAGGCGAGGGAUUUAAGACGCCGACUGAUGAACGUCACUGCGUCAAUAGUAUUUCAAUAAAGUUCAAUCCUUCUUCCACUCUCUAAACUAUUAAUGUAGUGGAUGUUCGCAAUGAUAAGUCAUGAACAAAAAACACUAACUCUGCAUUAUGAGGAAUAAAACCCUUCGUUUCUGUUA